CCUGCAGCUGGAGCUGCAGGAGCUCGUGCUGCUGCUGCAGCGCCUGCAGCGCCUGCAGCUGCACCCGUGCAUCCUCCCCCAGGCGUUGCACCCGUCUCCCUGCCUCAGGACGCGCGCUGGCGGAUCUUUUCUUUCUACUCAGAUUGGACUGUUCUAGAGAGCAUUUGGGUGUUUGUCCAGUGGCUUUUGGGACAAGGAACGUUGCUGAGGACUGGAGUGGUGAGCAAGUCGCGGACCAGCUGACCUGCGCACUAGCGGGCCGUCGCCACCAUGGCAGAGAAAGUGAACAACUUCCCCCCGCUCCCGAGGUUCAUCCCCCUGAAGCCAUGUUUCUACCAGGACUUCGAGGGCGACAUCCCCCCACAGCAUCUCACCAUGGCCAAGCGUCUUUACUACCUCUGGAUGCUGAACAGCAUCACCUUGGCAGUGAACCUGAUAGGUUGCCUGGCAUGGCUGAUUGGAGGCGGCGGAGCGGUUAAUUUUGGACUGGCAUUUCUCUGGCUCAUUCUCUUUACACCCUGCUCCUAUGUCUGCUGGUUUCGCCCCAUUUACAAAGCCUUCAAGACGGACAGCUCCUUCAGCUUCAUGGCUUUCUUUUUCACCUUCAUGGCCCAGCUAGUGAUCAGCAUCAUCCAGGCUGUGGGCAUCCCAGGCUGGGGCGUCUGCGGCUGGAUCGCAACCAUCUCCUUCUUUGGGACCAACAUCGGGGCCGCGGUGGUGAUGCUCAUCCCCACCAUCAUGUUCACAGUCGUGGCCGUCUUCGCCUUCAUCGCCCUUAGCAUGGUUCAUAAAUUUUACCGGGGAAGCGGAGGGAGCUUCAGCAAAGCCCAGGAGGAGUGGACCACGGGGGCCUGGAAGAACCCUCACGUGCAGCAGGCGGCCCAGAACGUGGCUGUGGGGGCCGCCCAAGGUGCCAUGAACCCGCCUCAGACGCAGUACUCUGCCACUCCCAACUACACCUAUUCCAAUGAGAUGUGAGCCGCCCGACACAGCGGCGGCGUUGACGGGAAUGGGAAAAGGGGGCAAGAGGCCAAGCUGAGACCACUUCGCACCAUCUCGGUGAUUGCCUGUGGGGGGGAGAGGUCCGUUCUUUUUCUUUUAUCUCCCUUCUACUUUGUAAAAAUAUAUAUUAUAUAUCCCCCCUCCCACCACCACCACGCCCACACACAGACACACCCACCUCUCUCUCCCCUCUCCCCCAUCUCCCGGGUUUUCAGUUCUCGGCAUUUGAAGAAGUUGUGAGUCAACCUGCAGGACAACUGUGCUGUGCGGUAAUGCCUGUAUGUUUGUGUUUCCUUGUGAAAUAGUGUACAGUGGAGAUUUACCUUGUCGUGGUGGUAGGUGUGUGUUUAGGACUAUAUCAACUAAGAAACCCCCCAAAACAGCCAACAACGUAUAGCUCACCGGACGCUGUAUCUGCCAGGAGCUAAAUGGACCUCUCUUCCUGGUUUGAAGAGGGAUCAGGCCAACCCGCUUGCAUUGUCUUCUCGGGGGCCGGGACCGAUCUGAGAGGAGAACGGAACUAACCCAUCCCAACCCAGGAGUUUCCCUUUGGGCCUGUGUGCCGACGGCCCCCUCCAGGACACCUGUCCCCCUGAGGCUGGGAGGAAUGGGAUCUCAGGACCCUCGUCUCCUGGCAUUAGCCGAUAAGUUUCACCCUCUUGGUAAAUGGGCCUUUUAUCCCUUGACGUACUGUCAGUAUUAGAGUGCAGUUGGUUAGUGCAACUGGAGCUCGGCGGGCACAGAUGCCAGGGAGGGGUGGUGGCUGUCCCCUUGGGGAAUGGGGUCAGCCUCCCCCUUCGCUGUCCUCCCUGGGGCUCACAGGGGACUUCUGAUCCGGAGAAUGGCGGCAGGUGUCUUCUGCCAUACGACGGAGAGUGAUGUUUCCCUUCACGGGAAUCGGGAGGAAAUCGGGAGGAGCCAAUUUGGUGGGGACGGACGGGUGGAUGUGGGGGAGUUGGCGGGAGGAAGGGGGUGGAGAUGAGUUCGCCCGGGAGCCAGGCUAGAUUCAGCAUGUGCGUCCUUGUACAGAUGCGAGAAUCCAGGCCGUGCAGAUGUGGGAGGGGAAGGGAUCCUGCUGGUUGUUGACCUCCGGCCAUUCUAACCGACACGUGUAUAAAAGCCCAGCUUUUUGACUGGCAAACGCCAUCCGAACACUCCCACUGCACUGUGGGAACUGACAGCAUUGUAGGAAAGUGAUCCUUUGGAAAGGAAGUUCUUCCCAAUUUUUUUCCAGAAAGUAGCCCCUGCCCAAUCUCUUUCCCUUCCUUCUUUUUCACUCCAACCACCGAACUUCCCUACAAGAGUUUCAGUCUGUCAGCUGGAUGUCAGGCCUCGGACUGGGAACCUCACUGGCCUCUUUGAGAUUUGGCAACCGUUGACACUCCUGCCACCGUCUCCUUAGGCUGAUCCCGACUUUCUUAUGCAGGACUUUGUGAUGAGUCCUAAGCAGGGCAAAAACUCUCCUUUUAAUGGAAUCACUCCUUGCCAGUCGCUACACCCCUUCGGGACUAGCCUGGAAGAAUGCAUCUCGAAUAGAAAGGAAAUCUAGUAAUCAUUAAUUUAUGUGGGAAGACUAGGCCUCUCUGACCAGCUGAACCAGUUCUAGUUAUGGUGCCACAGGCCAGGAUGCCGUUCCUCUGGCAACAGGAAAGAUUGGUUUUGGGCCUGGUCCUUACCAAAAGCCUCAGAGCCUGAUCUAGGAGGGCUUCACUGCUUCUUCUCUGGAAGGGAUUAGAUCUCUACAGAGGAGGUGAAAGGAAGCAGAGACCUGCCAAGGCUUGCCUGCCCAGGACCCACCCCUCUUUGAUUGGGUCUCCAAAGUCACUGGGAGAAUUGUCAACCUGACACUGUCAAGGGGAGUGAGAUAGAAACCUCUCCGCAUCUGAGAAUUCUCACCAGCUAAACAUUCCUCAUCCCAAGAAACCCAGGGGAGGGAGAAGAGCAUGUUUCCUGGGAAAUCUCCCCGAUUUUUGUUCCCUCUUUCGAAACCAAGGAAACUCCGGAUUCUCUGAAUUUCACUCCUGGGAUACCCCUGGAUCCCACUGCCUCUCCCCUUCUAUCCUACCUUCCCGAAGGUGCAACCUGCCCAUCGUUUAUCAGCCCCAGAGGGCAGGGUCUAGCUAAACCUAGUCUCUGGUCGCCAGAGAUGUAGGCAUUUUCCCAUCUGGCAGGCGUGGGCACGUAGGCCUGUCGUUUAGCCCAGGGGAAGGACUUGGUCCUCGGGGAAGUGCUGUUUUGGGUGCAGCCAACCGCAGCGGACAACUUUUAGAACUGGAAAGCAAAGCAAUCCCCUUCCAUCCUCCCCUUCAUGUCUAUAUUCCAUUUCCCUACCGUGCACUGAAUUCUGUAUAGUACCGGUUAGUAUGCCCCCGGGACAGACUCUGGAAACCCUUGGAGAGGGAAAAAUCCAGAGUUUUAGUUCCAUAGGUGGCAUUUAAAGACAUCCAUUGUCAGAUGUGGCUGUUGGCUUUAACUAUGCUUCUCUCCCUAAGCUCCUCCCUGCACUCAAGCUCAUAUUCUGCUUGUUGUCCAACAAGUCUCUGGGUAGAGCUUGGAUGAGUCUGUCUGGGUCAGAAGUCAACUGACAUUGACCUUCUGAAAGGCCUUUUUCUGCCCCGGUUGCCAUACCCAUCUCCCGACAUUCUCGAUCCUUCCUUUUGUUCCCCUUCUCCCUUUCCAGCAGCGAAACCCCAGCUGAUAUCCGAGGAAAGACCCCUCGCUUAGCGGUUUGAGCCGGAAAUGGGAGCUCCUGGAUUCUCAUCACGGGCUGCCAGGGUAGAGCGCUUCACUUUUCUGGGUCUCCGUUUCCCUGCAGGUCCAGUAGGGCUUCCUGCCUGAGUUCCUCUAAGGAGGAUCGUGAGCCAGGAACACGAAGUAAUAUCUGCAACAAGAUACAGUUAGUUGUUGGAUGUGAAGAAAACAGGCCAGUAGAUAAAACUUGUUCUUUUUCUCUCCCUGGAUCUCUGAAAAGGGCUAUUUCCUUUUCAAACUGGUCCGGUUUUCGGCCCCACUUCUGCUUCCUCUCUUGGGAAAUGGCAGUAAGAGCCCAGGUCAGGGCCCGGAUUUCUCUGGUGCUGUUGAUUAUAACUCAUUUGGGUCUGGGUGCGACUGGUUUGACUUUCUUCUUUUAAGCUGAAAUAUCUGCUUUUUCUCUGGAAAAGAAAGAAGUCACGAGAUGGGGGUAACUCCCUCUUCUCUGCCCAUUCCUAGAGGGCAUUCUCUCCAACUGGGACUUGAGGUCAGACUGGAUUGACUCCAGUUCUCUCCCCAAAUUCAAUCCACUCAAACCCACUCCAGGUCCCGGGCCCACCUGCUGUAUGGGGGGAGGUGAUUUUGAGGAAGAAUUGUCCCAAGAACUGCUGGGUAGUUACCUAUGUACGCUGAGCGUCAACUCAACCCACCUGUGCUUUGUAAGGGAAGGCCAAGCCAACUUAACCAGUGGGGAGGGGGUGUAUUUCUAGGGACCAGUCUUUGGACACCCCUCUUUUGGCGGGGGUUUGCUUGCCGCAUGAGGCCUGACUGGAGUUUGGACUCACUCGGGACUCCCCUGCCUUCCAACAGGGAAAAGAAGAGCAAGAAAAUGGGAGGAAGGAGAUGUAGGGAAACCAGCGUGAAUGAAUCCCACUGUGGUGUGGAUGGUUACGUCUCUUUAUUUCUAGACUAAUGCCUUUUUUUUUUUUUUUCGGAAAUACUAAACUGGAUGGAAAUUAUUUUUAUGUAACUUGGGGCCACUCUCACGAGUCAACUGAAAGGCUGCUGUUUCCUCCAAGCCAUUCCGCAUCUGUUCCUGAUAACUCAGUCAAUUCUUGAAACUGAUUAACAAUAAAUGAAAAUCCUGAUUGCU